AUGAGAGUGUUUGUGCAGCCGGCUCUCCUUACGGUAACGUUCGUUUACAAACCAAAACCUUUAACGAUCACGAUCUGGUUUCUCGACGAAGUACAUCGCGAAAAACUGAUCGUCCAACUAUGGAGUAACCUGAACGAUCCACGCUGGACCGAAAAAGGCUUUGAAGAGCUGGAUGAUGACAAAUCUUUGAAAGUUGUUGGUUAUAAUGACAAAAAUAGUUGCCGAACGUUUGAGGUCACGGUUCCCACUGAUAACAUUGAUGAAGGUUGGUAUGAGUUUACCAUAAGAUACAAAAUGAAAGAAAGUAAGGAAUGGCAAUGGAUAAGCGAAAAUCAAAACGGCAGAAUUUUUGUGGGAAAUGUGACCCAAGACAUAAAACAUGGGAUCGAGAGGAUAAGUUCAAUUUUCUAUCAAAAAAUCGAAGAUAAGCGUAUCGACUAUGUUUUACAAGACGAUGUUGACUGCUGGUACGUGUCAAGCGACGCCCGGUUCAAUAACGGACAACCGACAUGCGUCGAUUUUGGAAGUUUGCAGAAUGUGGUUCAAUUUUUUGCAAUAAGACGGUCUACCGUGUGGUGGACAAUACCGGUCACGGGCACCGGUAAACUGGAUAUCCAAGAUAUGGACACCUUUUACAUAUUGGCCCAACAAUCCACCGGUUGCUAUGUCGUAAUGAUUCCUAUGAUAUCCGAUGGAUGCGCAAGUAGUUUUCGAACGGACAAGGACGGGAACUUACAAUUGGUCACCAUAAACGAUAGUGGAAAUGAUAGUAUCGCGAAAUUUGUCAUAGGUUAUGGGAAAGAUCCAUACAUUGUCUCGCGUUCAUGCAUAGAAUUGAUCAAGGUCACCCUUGGAACUGGCGGAAAAUCUAGAGAAAAUACGAAUCAACAAUUUUAUUACGAUUACCUUGGAUAUUGUACUUGGAACGCGUUCCAUAAGAAUGUACACGAGCAAGAUGUAAUAAAUGCGCUGCAAUCAUUGGACGAAAUUGGUGUACAUGUGGGAUACGUCAUACUGGAUGACGGAUGGCAACAGUUUAAUGGGAGUGAUCAGCUGGAAAGUUUUGAGCCUAAUCCUAAAAAGUUUCCGGAUGGAUUAAAAGGAUUGAUACGCAAAAUGAAAGAAAGAUUUCAAUACGUGAGGCACUUUGGGGUCUGGCAUACUCUCUGGGGCUACUGGAAUGGAAUCGAUCCCUUUUCCAAAAUAUCAUCCAUCUAUGAAGUUGAACAGGUAAAAAAAGGGGAUCAACUAAUCUACCUUAUCACACCGAAGGACAUUCAAAGAUUUUACCACGACUUUCAUGAUUACCUAAAAAAAGAAGGCGUUAGUAUGCUAAAAGUCGAUUCACAGGGAAGUUUUGAUCUGAUUUGUAACGGAGAAACCAGACACCGACAGUGGUGGAAGGAAUAUCAGGCAGCUUUAAAGAAAAGCUGUAAGGAUAAUUUCGAAAACAGGGUAAUUUACUGUAUGGCGCAUAGCCCCAAAAUUAUGCAGUGGGUGCUAUCUGGCCCAGGAACGGAGAAUUCGGAAAAUACAAAUAAACCCUUAUUUAGAAAUACUGAUGAUUAUUUCCCCGAUGUCGAGGAUUCACAUGUAUGGCACAUAUACUCUAAUGCGAUGAAUAAUGUGUUAACAAGCAUGAUGUAUAGCUUGCCGGAUUGGGACAUGUUCCAGUCCUCACACAGAUUUAAUGAAUUUCAUGCUGCGGCAAGAGCAAUAAGUGGAAGUCCAAUGUACAUAACGGAUCCCCCACAUAAACACGAUGUUGAGAUCCUGACCAAAUGUAUAAUCAACGUUCCAACAUCGGAGCCCUUGACAUUGACCAAACCAUCCCCGACCCCCUUGACAUCAUCCAAAAUAAAGCUGUCGACGAAAUUACCGCAAAUAAUUCUCAGAAGUGAAAGCCCUGCCCUACCAUCUCUUUCAAACUUGUUCCAAGAUUCUACAAAAGUCGAUAAAUUGUUAAAAAUAUAUAAUAAAAAUAAAAGAAUUGGUGUUAUUGGUCUAUGGAAUUGUAGACAAUACGCCUUGGUAGAUCAAAUUUGUUUCGACGAUAUUCACGACCUCGAAUUCUUAAGGAUCAACGAGAAUGACAGUAGCAACCGCCAUUACAAAUGGGCAACGUACUUUUUUCAGAACAAGGAAACUUGCGUGAUCGAUUUGCUCGGAUUAGAUAAACGAAUUCCCGUGAUGGUACAGCCAGAGAAUUUCGAAAUAGUGACAGUUUCACCGAUCGAUGUCGCUACUGGACAAAAAUCCAACGGAGAUGAAUUCGAUAUCAUGAUUGCGUGUUUUGGGUUGGUCGACAAAUAUAAUGGAUCAAGAGCCGUACACUCGACUGAAUUUCUUGUUGAUAAUGUCCCACAGGCAACAAACUUGAAAAAUCAACGAGGAAAAUUGUUAUACGAAGUCAGAUUAAUUGGAUAUGGAGAAUGUGGGUUCCAUCUGGAUGUGAGAAAUGGUUUUGUGUCAAAAAUCAGGGCUUGCUUGGGGGUUAAGGUAUUAAAUGACGAAAGGGUGAUGUAUGAUCGUGAAAAGAAGUUUCUUACAAUUAGAAUGGAACGAGAGGAUAUGGAAAAAGAUGGGCGUAGAAAUAAAACGACGAAGUUAGAUGACGAUACCUUGAUGGUGAACCUGAUCUUAGAGCUCAUAGUACAAUGA